CUUGGAAGUAUACAAAUUUGCGUUUCUAAGAAUUCGCGAUUCUUCCGUUACUGAGAAGAGGAUUAUUUUCUUUCUUUUCUCCCACGUCUUCGGAAUAUUGUCAGUAUCAGACAUCAGCGUAUCUCUCUGUCCUAGUCCCUUAGGAACAUCAUGUAUGCAUUUGCUCUGAGAACUUCUAGUCUCUUCGCUUCUAACAUUACCGGGUUUGUCUCUCAUACAGGUUAAGUAGGCAAAAUUUAAAGUAGUUUCGAUUUGUUGGUAAGAUGUUGUGCUCAUCGCGUAACCUUGGACUUCAUUUCACUUCAAUUGGACUGUCUCGCGACGUUAGGCUGUACAAUAAUCAUGGAAGCUGUUGCUUUUAUACGUUUGGUGGUGGCAUACCUAAAAUCAUGAGGAGAUUGACAAGGAGAGCAAUCAUGAGGAGUCUGACAAGGAGAUCGGUCCCCACGAUGGUGAUGACCAUGGACAUGGUGGCAAUGUCAAGGUCAUAUAAUAUAGCAGGAAAACCAAUCGCGAUUCCAUUCAUCCCUGCCCUUGGUAUUAUUGGGUUUGCUGUUUUUGGUCUCAAGCCUCUUGUGCGCCUGAGCAGGAAGAUGUUUUGCCAAGAAAGUACUGAUAGAAGUUGGAAGAAAAGUAGUUCAUAUUAUAUUUUGACAUCUUACUUUCAACCUAUGCUGCUGUGGACUGGAGUGAUGCUCAUCUGCAGGGAUUUAGAUCCAUUAGUCCUACCAUCAGAAACUAGUCAGGCUAUGAAACAACGGCUGCUGAGUUUUGUAAGAUCUUUGUCAACCGUGCUUACUAUUGCUUACUGUUCUUCAAGCUUAAUUCAACAGGCACAAAAAAUUUGUAUGGAUGCAAAUGACUCCUGUGAUGAAAGAAAUAUGAGCAUUGAUUUUACUGGGAAAGCUGUAUACACUGCAAUUUGGGUUGCUGCUGUGUCAUUGUUCAUGGAGUUACUGGGUAUCUCCACACAGAAGUGGUUGACUGCUGGUGGUUUGGGCACAGUAUUGAUUUCCCUUGCAGGUCGCGAGAUAUUUACAAACUUCCUUUCAAGUAUAAUGAUUCAUGCAACUCGGCCAUUUGUUGUGAAUGAGCGGAUUCAAACAAAAAUUAAAGGAUAUGAGGUUACUGGUAAAGUUGAGCAUGUUGGCUGGUGGUCACCAACAAGAAUUAGAGGUUCUGAUUGUGAAGCAGUUCAUAUUCCUAAUCACAAUUUGAGUAUAAAUGUUGUGAGGAAUCUUAGUAAGAAAUCUCAUUGGCGUAUAAAGACUCACCUGGCUAUCAGUCACUUGGAUGUUAACAAGAUUAAUAGUAUAAUAGCUGAUAUGCGCAAGGUUUUGGCCAAAAAUCCUCAAGUAGAGCAAAGAAAAUUGCACAGAAGGGUUUUUCUAGAGAACAUUGAUCCAGAAAAUCAGGCUCUUAUGAUAUUGGUGUCCUGCUUUGUUAAAACUUCACGUUCUGAAGAGUACCUACGUGUAAAGGAGGUAAUCCUCUUGGAUCUUCUCAGAGUUAUAAGUCAUCAUCGAGCUCGGCUAGCCACACCCAUCCGCACAGUUCAAAAAAUGUGCAGUGAUACUGAUUUCGAUAUUGAUCCAUUUGAUGACACAGUUUCUUCUCGUUCCAGAUCAACGAAAAACCGUCCUUUUGCACUGAUAGAUCCACCUUAUAAAGUUAAACCGUCAUCUCAUUCAACUAUUACAAAUGAGGACAGAGAUAGUAAGACAGAUGAAACCUUGCCAUCUGACUUCAAAGUAGACUCUGAUGAAUUUUCUGUGACACCAAGUUCGGUCCAGAAGACCUCCAAAUCCAAAAAGUCCAAAAAGGAAAGAACAGGAAACACUGCAAAGGAAACAUCCAAAAUUUUGCCAACAUCCAAUGAGUCUGGUUGUGGAGAGACUACAACACCAUCAAAGCUAGAUGAUGAGAAAUCUGUUGUUUCAGAGCCUUCAUCAUCAUCAUCAUCAUCAUCACUUAGUCAUUCUUCAGAUGAGAAUAUUACUCUUGAUGCUGCUCUGCUGGGCACAGAGAGAAGAACUAUUGCAGUUGAUGAAGAAUUGGUUGAUUCUAUCCCUUCAGAAUCACAAGAAGUUGCAUCCCAUCAGAAUGGGAGCGAACCUCCUAUUGGCAAGGAUAAGAAGGAUGAGCAGAAUAGAUGUUGAUGUUUAAAUAGAGUAGCUACUUUUUUGUUGAUGUUAACACAAAAAUGAUCUAGCUUUCUUUUUUUAAGCUGGGCAUUGUGCAAUGUAUUAUCCAUUUGUAGAUUAGUGGGAAACAAUUCUCUUUUGUACAUCACAAAUUAUGUUCAUAUCUAAUAUCUAUCUCUAUAAUAUUUUAAACCGUCCAAC